UUGCAAAACAUUGCAAAAAAGGCGCCGGUGGUGUCGCAUAGCAUCUCAAUUUAUAUCGUAUAAAUAAAGCACAAUGAAUUGUAUGAAAACUUACUGUACGCCACAGAAGCAGAACUCGUUAGUGGAACGUGGUUUGGAUUUGAGGCUACGGGCAGCAAAAGCCAAAUACUAUUUGAAAUGGGGCUCCAUUAAUGUCAUUCUUUUGGCCAUUCUAAUGUUUGACAUAUCAAAUAAGUGUCCAUAUGCUGAAUCCAAUUGGUAUUAUGUUGAGUAUGCCGCUGCCGGAGUAGUGGGCCUAAGUGUUUUGGCAUGUUUUUGCAAAUAUUUUCUUUAUGUAUUUCACACACAACCAGUCCAAGGAACGCAACAACAAAAGAAUCUUCUAAAAUUUGACGAUAAUGAUAAUUCAUUUGUUACAAACAAUCCCAACAAAAAGAAACAAGUCGACCAGGAACGCAUUGAGGCACCCAAUAAUACAAUACUUAGCUGGCACUCAUCGUUUAAUGAAUCUCGUGGUCCCACUUCACCAAAUUGGAGCUAUAGCCGUACAACGCCACCACGACAGAGUUUAAGUCCCCAACAACAACAACAGCAGCAAAUGCACAAUGCCUCAUGGAAUUCAUCAAUGUACAACAAUUCAACUAUGAAUGCUAGCACUCUCAGCAGUAAUCUUUCAUUUUCUUCACCCUACCAAAAAUAUGAACGCGAUGAAUUAAUUACCGAUGAAAUUAGUUUACAACGUUAUCUUAAAGAUGUUUCUCGCAAGGAGUACAGUACAACUGAAAUCACAGACAUAAAUCCAGCAUUUAAUGCUGGUUCCAUUAAUUCUUUUUGGAAUUAUUGUAACUCGGCUGCAAAUCUUUUGAGGACAUCAUUGUACCAACUAGCGCCCUCGCCAGCUCCUGCCACACAAAGUAAACAAACAUCAAAGGAGGAAGGUGGCCUUAAUAUCAUUGAUAGCAACUCUGAAGUCAUCAAGCGAAUUUCAUCGGAGAAACUUGCUCAAUAUGUGGGAAAUAUGCGAACGUGGAUUUCAUUUACCAUAUUGCAACGCUUGACGAAGGAGAUGGAGCAUAUUGACGCAUCAUUUAAACAACGUGGCGUUCAUGAUAUGCAAAUAGGUAGCAUUGGCUUGGAACGGCUAAAGAAAACAGUCGAAAAUCAACAAUUUGUUACACAAUACAUGCCCAUCCUGCCGAUGGUGGUGCCAUUUUUGGAAAUGUCAAGCAAUCAGGAAUAUCUUGUGCAGCGCAUUAAGGAUUUAGCCAGAGGUUCUUGUAUUGCUGACUAUCGUUGGAAUUCGGGUUCGGAAUAUCAUGGCCUCAAGUGGGAUGAACAUUUGCCAACUGAUUCAGCGAUACUUUUCCAUUUGUUUUGCGUCUAUCUCGACUCUCAACUUAUGCCCUUGCCUCAAGGCGGUGGCCGUCCUUUUUAUAGCCGCUAUGUUAUUACGGGCGAAGAAAAACGUUCGGCCAAAGAUACUGUGGCCUUGGUGCAGAAUAAGGCUCGCUGUGCCAUACUCUGCUCGAAUCCUUUAAAGCCCAAGUUCAAUUUCAUAAGCGAUGGCCAAAUACACAACUGUGCCUAUGACCGCAAUAAUCUAUUCUAUGUUAUUAUCCAAUUUCUGAUUUAUAUGCGAACGCAUCAGGAGAGUUGUUUGGAGGGCGUUAAUCUUGGCAAGAGCGGCAUUAACAUAAUGUGUGUCAUAGAAGACUGAUUUGAUGACGGAGAGGUGGUGCUUCAUGGUGGGUGGGUGGUUCGCAUCAUCCUAACAUCUUUAGGUUAUAGUUUUCGUUUUUAUUUUGGUACAACUGUUUUAUAGUAGUAGUCAUAUCAUCACAAUAUCCAUUAUAUUUUGUAUAUGUAUUUAUGUUUUACUUCAUUAAAUCAUCAACAACAACAAGAUACACAAUAAAAACAA